AUGACUCAACAAACAUUUAAAAUAAUUCUUGUUGGAGAUUCAUUUGUUGGAAAAACAUCAAUUAUAAAUAGAUUCAUUAAUGCAGAAUAUUCAACUGAUUAUAAAUCUACGAUUGGGUCAGAUAUAUCACAAAAAGAAAUUAUUGUAGAUGGAUUAUUAUAUUCACUUAGUAUUUGGGAUACUGCAGGACAUGAAAAAUAUCAAAGUGUUAUUAAAUCAUUUUAUCGUGGAAGUGAUUUUUGUUUAUUAGUUUAUGACGUUACUAAUGAAGAAUCUUUUAUUCAUUUAGAUAAGUGGUGGAAUGAAUAUCAACAAGAAGACAGUGAUAAAGCAAAUGAAGCUGUUGUAAUGGUCAUUGGAAAUAAAGUUGAUAAAGUUCAAGAAAGAAUUAUUACAGAAGAGCAAGGAAAGUCUUUUGCUAAUCAAAGAGGAUGGUUAUAUAAAGAAACUAGUGCAUCAGAAAAUAUAGGAAUUGAAGAAAUGUUUAAAGAAUUGAUACGUUCAAAAAAUCCUUUAAAAAAUUCAGUAAAAUAUCCUCAACCACCUCCAAUUGUUGAAGUACAAUUAAAUAUUCACAAAGAACACUGUUGUUGA